AUGGUCCUACAAAUUCCACGUAUCCUUUCCCAGGCGGUCCCUCGUACUCGCAGGAGCUCCAUCAUACCCACCUGGGCCAGCGCUAGGCGAUCGUUCUCUGCUGAAUUCUCCCCUCAAACCUACGCCCCAGACGCGCAGUAUAGCUCAAAUCAUGUUUCGAAACUCCUUAAAACCUCUAUCCUCUCUGAAUUCUCCGAGCAGGAAGCCAAAGCUCGAAUUGAGUUGGCUGCCUGUUAUCGGCUCUUUGGGCUGAAGGGUUGGAACGAGAACAUUUACGGCCAUUUAACCGCCAAAGUCCACGAAAACGACGGCUCGGAGUCUUUCCUCAUCAAUCCUUUCGGCCUUCUUUACGGCGAAAUCACCGCCAGUAGUCUGAUUAAAGUCGGUGCGGACGGAUCAGUCAAGCACCCUGGAGUUACAGGCGGCUUGUUCGGUAUCAAUGACGCGGGUUUCGUUAUUCACAGUGCAAUCCACAGGGCCCGACCCGAUCUGCAGAGUGUCAUGCACUGCCACUACCCCUCCGCUGCUGGUGUCUCAUCCCUUAAGCAGGGCUUCCUCGAGCUCGCCCAGACCAGUCACCAAGUCGGACCGAUUGCGUAUCACGACUACCAGGGUGUGGUUGUCGAUCGCAAUGAACAAGAGAGCUUAGCAGAGGACAUGGGCGAUAAGAACAUCAUGUUCUUGCGCAACCACGGCGUUAUUACCGCUGGCGCUUCUAUUGGAGCUGCCUGGUACCUUAUGUACCAGCUCCUUGCGGCCACUGACAUUCAGUCCCAUGCCUCUGCUUGUGCUUUGGGAGACGCGGAUAAUCUAAACAUGCCCAGUGACAGGACCGUGAACAAGACCUACGAGGUGAUGCAUAAGAAGGGCUUCUCUGGUGCUGCCUAUGGACUCAAGGAGUUGUCUGCCUAUAUACGCCUGCUGGACAAGCUUGAUGACUCCUACCGCACUUGA